AGCUUCUUCAAAAUGGGGCUAUCACGUACACCCUAAGCUGCAGGCAAAAUUCCUUCAAUAAUUAAUGUGCUUAUGCGCAGCGCUAACAUGACGAAGCAAAGGCAACUAACACCAGAAGACAAAGCUGUCUGACAAUCUCUAGAUGACAACAGGUUAAAUGUUGGAGUGCAAGUUUCCAGUGUGGAGAGAAGUGAACAGAGAAGGCAAGAAGGGAGUUGGUGAAAUCAGUUUGGAGUACAUGGAUUUUGAGGUCUCUUGGAGACCCCAAGCAGUGGUGUCCAACAGACAGCUGGCAAAGGUCUGUGAGGCUGUUACCAGCACUGUGCUGGGCUACAAAAAAGGAGAGGAGCCUGUCCAGAAUCCCCACAGGACAGGAGAAGGAGGGAACAUCUCAACAUGGAAAAACUCUGCAAUGAAAAUGAAGGAAAGCCUGAGAACCAUGGAAAGAUGGAAGAGGAAGAAGAGCCACUGGAUGCGGGAAAGCCAGGAGUAGCUUGUGCCGUGGCAGACAAAGAAAAGUUAGAAAACAAGGGAAGGACAGAUCACAGGGGAAAGCCAGAAGAUGAGGAAGUUCUAAAGGAUAAGGAAAAGCCAGAGAGUGAGGCAAAGCCCAAAGAAGGAAAGCCAGAGAGCCAGGGAAAGCCAGUGGGCGAGGGCAAACCAAAAGAAGGAAAAGCAGAGAGUGAGGCAAAGCCAGAGAGCCAGAGAAAGCCAGUGAGUGAGGGCAAGCCCAAAGAAGAAAAGCCAGCCAGCGAGCCAAUGGCUGCAGGAAAGCGCCCAGCUGGGGAUGAUAUACCCAGGAAGGCCAAAAGAAAAACCAACAAGGGGCUGGCUCAGUGUCUCAAGGAAUACAAGGAGGCCAUACACGAUAUGCAUUUGAGCAAUGAGGAGAUGAUAAGAGAAUUUGACGAGAUGGCCAGAGUGGAGGAUGAGGUGAAGAAAACCAGACAGAAAUUGGGGGGUUUUAUGUGGAUGCAAAAAAGUUUACAGGACCCCUUCCACCCCAGGGGCCCAAGGGAACUCAGGGGUGGCUGCAGGGCCCCACAGAGGGGUUUUGAAGACAUUCCUUUUGUGUAGUGCCCCUGGCAGGUCUUUAUUAGGCCUUGUGCUUUAAGGUUUUGCUGAUACUUUGCUCGAGGUGUCAAUCUUGUUAUCAACAAUGUUUUUACCCAUAGAGGAUUUUCCCCCAUGUGCAUUACAAAGACGUUAUGAUUUUUGGAAAAAUAAAGCAGCUUAUGAUAUCAU